GAAGCGGGACCGACCCGGGGGUUUCUCUUAUGCCCUUCCAAUUCUAUCGACUGUGUACUCUGUACUCCGUACUGUGUAUGCUUCUGACGUUACUUGAAUGUGAUGACAAGCCACGGCUCGGCGUCGGGUGGUAGUUCUGGCUCAAGCUCAUGCCGAUCCACACGGCCAGGCAACCGUCAACUCAACCUCACGGAGCCAGACGAAUACGAGCAGCUUCGAGAAUCCCUGAUUAGGGGUGAUACUGUGACCCUAAAAUGAGAACCAUCCCUGCGGCUUCCAUCGCACGGUAUGCCAAGGGAAGAAUAGUGCCUGCCUAGAGAUCAAUGUGGCUGGGAUGCGACUGCGGCAUUCCUUCGUCCUUUAAUCUUACCGGGCUCAGCUACGGAGUACUAUCGAAAGCACUGCCCGCUGUGCCACGCUGCGAAUGGGUCGUCAACAGCUCCAGAAUAUACCCCAUAACUAGUCACUGGCGCAUCGUCUGAUGCUGAUUCAGCGGAGCUCAAACAGGCAAGAGGAAACCGACCAGGUCAAGACUAUCGCGAUUAAUUUGGGGCCA